UUGUAUUAUUUCAAUCAAUUCUGUAUCCUAACACAUGACGCAGGCAAAGUGGUUGUCUGUUUAUUUAAUUUUUUUCCUGUACAUAUUAGAUGGCAUCGUUAGAUAAAGUUCGAAUUAUAGUUGUUGGUGAUUCAGGUGUGGGAAAAACAUCUUUAGUUCAUUUAAUAGCACACAAUGAGGCACUUGUGUCGCCCGGCUGGACGAUCGGCUGCUCUGCCGAGGUGAAGUUACACGAAUACAAGGAAGGAACGAAUCAACAACAAUCAUUUUUCAUUGAAUUAUUCGAUAUUGGCGGUUCGAUUAGUCACAAAAAUACGCGUGGCGUUUUUUAUAAUCCAACACACGGCAUAAUACUUGUGCAUGAUCUCACAAAUCGAAAGAGUCAUGAUAAUUUACAGCGAUGGCUCUUUGAACUCAUCAACAAGGAUGGCAAAGAUAUUAAUCGAUCGAAUAGUUGUGAUAAUGACAUUGACCCCGAAUUUUUUCUCGGAUCGACACAGUUAAAAUCGUUUCAGAUUCCGAUACUGGUGAUUGGAACCAAAGCCGAUAUGGUGGACAAUAAGGAGCGAAUUAGGGAACUGAAUCGCGGCGGAAACAUUGCCGAACAAUGUGGUGCUGAUGUAAUUUGCCUAAAUUGCCACGAAGUAAGAGGUUUAGCGACUGGAUCAACAAAUCUCCACAAAUUAAAUCGAUUUUUCGAUAAAGUGAUUGAGCGAAAAUACUUUUCCAAGGUCGAUUCACUUGCAAACGAUAAAAGAAAGUUCACACACUUUAGUAUGUCACCGCCGUCAUCAUCUUCAUAUGCAUCAACAAACAGAAUAAACUCAGACAGUGUCAUUUAAUUGAGCAUAUUUUAAGCUAAUAAAAUAAGAGACAAUGUUUUUUGUUACGAAA